AUGACUGGGAAGACCCAGACCAGCAACGUGACCAACAAGAAUGACCCACGCUCCCUCAACUCCCGCGUCUUCAUCGGCAACCUCAACACAGCUGUGGUGACCAAGGGCGACAUCGAGGCCAUCUUCGCCAAGUACGGGAAGAUUUUCGGCUGCUCGGUGCACAAGGGCUACGCCUUCGUCCAGUACGCCAGCGAGAGGAACGCCAGGGUGGCCGUGGCCGGGGAGAACACCAGGGUCAUCGCCGGACAAUCACUAGACAUCAACAUGGCAGGAGAGCCAAAACCAUACAGGCCCAAGUUGGGCACCAAGAGGCCUCUCUCGUCGCUCUACAGUGGCUAUGAGUUUGACUAUGACUACUACAGAGACGAUUUCUACAGCAGACUCUUUGAGUUUCACGGCCGUGUCGCCCCCCCGACCCGAGCUGUGAUCCCCAUCAAACGUUCACGACUACUCGUCCCCUCCACGCGCAGAGCCAAAUCCUCCUUUACAGUCAGAGCCUGUUCCUCUUCCUCUUCCUCCUCCUCGUCCUCCUCCAGAGCACUCCACGCCGUCUCUUCCGUCACGGCCCCUAAACUGAAGACGGACCAGCUCGUAACAAUCAAAAGGGAGCUGUCACAGAUCAAGACCAAGAUCGACUCCCUGCUGGGAAGGCUGGAGAAGAUUGAGCGGCAACAUCGCUUUGACGCCGAGAUGCAGAGGAAACAAGAGGAGAUGUGUGAAUGUCUCCAUGGUGAUGCGCUGGACCACUCUGGUGGUGAGGAAGCGGAUGGGAGAGCCGAAGUGGAGGCGGGGGAGAUGACGGACGGUGGUGAAGAUGACUUUGAAGAUGAAGGCACCAGCGACAUGAUAGAGAACCACAUAUCAGAUAUUGACAACUGA